GUCACUGGCGGCAGAGUGGGGACGGUAUGGAUUGAGGUUCAAUGCCAUUGCUCCUGGUCCCAUUGAGACAAAGGGUGCCUUCAGUCGACUUGACCCCACAGGGCAGUUCAGAGACAACAUGCUCCGUUCAGUCCCGGCAGGCAGGAUGGGAGAGGUGGAGGAGAAUGCCAACCUGGCUGCCUACCUACUCAGUGACUACUCCAGCUGGGUCUCGGGAGCAGUGGUGGUACUGGACGGCGGGAACCUUCCCUACAUGGCCGGCAUGUUCAGCCAACUGACACGGGUAACAAAGGAGCAGUGGGACAUGAUGGAGUCUAUGAUUCGACAGACUAAAGGCUCAUAGAUCUCAAUAAUCUCAUACUUUGUAUAGAAAACUUGAUGAUUUAAAAACUGCUGCAGUGUGAAUGCUUUGUGACAAAAAGUGUCCAUCGUGCAUAAUAGUCAGUGGUAAACGCUCAUACCAUGUGUUCAUCUAAAUAAAACAGGAGAGGGAAAUUGGUUAUAAGGGUCUUAGUUUGGGGCUCACCGAUGUUAGAGUCAGUGGCUGGUGCAGAGGCCUUCUCCUUGCUGGCACUGUCAUCAUCCGAGUCAGUAGCUGUAGCAUCAGGUCCACCACCACCGUCCUCCUUCCCACCCUCACCUCCCUCACUACCACCCUCCCCCUCGUCCCCCCUCUCACCAUC